UACGUGUUCCACUUUCGAGCGUGAUUUGUUUUUGAAUCUUCGAUUUCGCUGCAUUUUAAAGUGCAAAGUUUGUUCUGCGUUCAAACGCGUUUUUGUUUGUUUUUGUUUUUUAAUUUUAGCGAUUAGCUACAGAGAACCUGGUGAAACCGCAUCGUGUCCUCAAAGUUAAAGAGAAACUGAAAAAAUCAAACUAUACUUAAGAAGAUGGCAGUUUCCGAGUGUGUGAAAAACGGAAAAAGAAGUGACGAUAAGUCGUCAUUUACGAUCGAUGAGGUGUGCGUCUCAAAAUUUCGACAAGCAUUACCGCAGUGUUGCGCAGUUGGUGCGAAAAAUUUGCUCAUGCUUACCUUUGGAUCAACUUUAGGAUUUUCCACUAUCUUAAUACCAGCGUUGCAGAAAGAAGAUGCAGAUAUUAAAGUUACUAUGGAGGAACUGACGUGGAUCAGUAGUCUAAAUUUAUUCCUCGUACCGAUCGGUUGUUUAGUGAGUGGACCACUGUCGCAGUAUCUGGGCAGGAAACGAAUGAUGAUGCUGACAAACAUACCGUUCAUGAUGGCCUGGCUAAUGUAUCACUACUCGAGCAAUUCCGCGAUGUUGUUUACGGCGUUGGCGAUGACAGGUCUGACAGGCGGUCUUCUUGAAGCGCCAGUCAUGACUUAUGUCGCCGAAGUAACGCAGCCUUAUCUGCGCGGAAUGCUUUCCGCGACCUCCACGAUGGCUGUCAUCUUGGGUAUCUUCACGCAAAUGUUAAGCGGCAGCUUGACCGACUGGAAAACGGUGGCAAUGAUCAAUUUGGCUUAUCCGAUUCUAUGUUUUCUCGCUCUAUGCUUGGUGCCUGAGAGUCCGCACUGGCUCGCCGCUAAGGGUCGUUUCGCGGAAUCGGAACGCGCUCUUUGCUGGUUGCGAGGCUGGUGCAAUCCGUCGCAGGUGCAAACUGAAUUUCAGGCGCUCUGCGAGGCGGUUCAGAAGCCAGUCGAUAGCACCGAUUCCAAUAAGAACGAGGUCUGGCGGGCCUACACCAAACGUACGUUCUACAUGCCUUUUAUUCUAGUCAGUGUCACUUUCUUUAUCGGUGCCUUCAACGGCACAUCGACUCUACAGACUUACGCCGUUGUGAUAUUCGCGAAGUUGAAAGCGCCGAUCGACAAUUACACGGCGGCGGUGUUUCUGGGUAUUGCUCAGUUAGUCGGGACCAUAAUCAGCGUGCUGACGAUUCACUUUAUGGGAAAACGUAAGUUGUCUUUUCUGUCUCUCAUCGGCACUGGCUUGUGUCUUCUCGUUAUCGCCAUCUACGGUUAUCUGAGCGACGUGAAUUAUCUGGACGGUACCAAGUACACCUGGUUACCGACUACUCUUAUCAUAAGCGCCGCUUUCAUGGCGAACAUAGGCAUCAGAACGCUGCCUUGGAUUCUGGCGGGCGAAGUGUUUCCGGCGAAGGUACGUAGCAGUGCAACUGGUACAGCCGGUAUGACAAAUUACAUCUUAACAUCGAUCUCCAAUAAAAUCUUCUUCUACAUGAUAAAUGGCAUGACGCUGUCUGGCACGUUUUUCUUCUACUCGCUGAUUAGUUUUGCCGGUCUGUGCUAUCUUUAUUUCAUGCUACCCGAGACCGAAGGCAGAACUCUGAGAGAGAUCGAGGAGCAUUACGCCGGCAUACAAAAUUUAAAGAACCGACCUAGGCGAGAGAAACAUGCCAUCAAGGAAAAAUGGGCCGCCACGAAUCCGACAAUCGUGCAUGAUGAGAAUGUUGAAAGUAAAUUAUAGGACUUCGAAAAAGUCACUGUAUGUCGUUUGCUCGUUGUGAUACAAAUUGCGUUAACAAAUUCUAGAAUACUGAAAAGUUAUAGAUUUUGAAAAUUUGUAAUUCUCACUUAAAAUCGCGAAUAGUUUUGUAAGUGCCUUAAAACAAUUGCUCAUAAAAAUCGAUAAGUUGAGGAACGGAUGUGCUCGGAAUCAAAUUAUCACGUAAAUCAAAUUAUUUUUAUAUUUUUAAAAACUUCUUCAGAGAAUAAGAGUUUUCAGAGAACUAGCUAUAUAUUAAAAUAUAUUGAGAAAGCGAGAGGGAGAGAGGGAAAGAGUGAAAGUUUUUAUUUAUUUUUUUGUAUUAUUUUUAUAAUAAUACAGCUGCCAUAAAGCACUUAUUUAUGUAGUUAUGAUUUGACAUAUCAUUGCUCUGUAAUGAGUUAAUGAUUAUUACACGCGCAAUAAGUUAAAACAAUUUUAAACAAGUAUUGUAUAUACUUCAUGUUUUUUUAUUGUCUGAUGUGAUAGA